ACACCAUAUGGAUAUGGAUGAUUUGUAUGAAAAUAAACAUACACGAACCACUAAUGUGGAUGGUUCUGAACCAACCUCUACAAACAAACAGCCAUCUAAAAGGAUACUUAUGUUCCCAGGAAUGGUACAAAGUAUAACUAAUUUUGAAAAUAAUAGAGUGUUAUACAAUGCAUUCCGGAAAUAUAAACUUGCUAGCCUGAAACGACAGCGAAGAUCAAUAUCAAUCCCUUCGUUCUUACAAAAGCGACUGGACAAACCCAUAAAAGUUUACAAUAAUGCUUAUGAAUCAGGUAAACGUAGGCAGAAUUCAAUUCAAAUCAAAGGAACGAAUAAAGUUCGAAAGAUGUUUUUUGAAGUUCCAAACAAUACUCACGGUAGUAUUAAAACACAUACCGAAUCAUACAAAGGCUCGAAGCUUUUAAAGACUGAACCAGUAAUGAAAGUGUCAUCGAACUCUGCAUUAGAUAACAUGAAAAAUUCUGUUCAUCAGAGUGAAAAGUAUAGUGGAUCGUCGGGAGUUGUUAUUCAUCAAUAUACAACCGAAAAACCUAGACUACAAAAACGCAGGAAAAGUCGGCACACAAAAAGACAUAUCAAAGACGGUCUAUUUCGAAGGAUAAGUAAAUCUUUGUCAAAUGGUCUACCCAUUUAUUCAAAAGCUAAAACGGAAAGUACUCUGGAGAAAAAACCUACGAAACCAGACAACAGGUUAACUCAUGGUAAUGGAAUGCGAAUUAAUCUUGGUAAUAUUAAACAAACUCAACAGGCAACAUCUCGUUCGAAGGAUGUUAUCAAAGUGAACAAGAAGAACUAUGAUUUAUCCCAAUCAAGAGCAUUCAUGUCUGGUGACCAUUAUCCUGCUUCCAAGACUGCAAUCAAACCGAUGAAUGUCUUUUAUGAUACAAAAUUUGAAUUACCAAAAACAUCAAAUUCUGCUGAUAGCUUUCCAAAACCAAAUGAUCAGUGGUAUGAAAUGCCUCAAUCAAAUACAAAGUCGAUACUUAAAACUAAUCAACAUAAUAUAAACAAUGAUAAUAAUCACAAUUCAUUUCCGGUUGAUACUGCUAUAACUUUAAAUAGACGAAAGAUGCCAACAUACAAAUCGCCAUUUAUACCUUCAAACCAGAUGAUCGAUACUCCUAGCAACAUAGACGUUGUAAGGCCUACUAAAAUAUUAUCAUACCACAGCAGUGAUUCAUCAAGCAAUGGCCUUUCUUCAACGCCGGAUAAGUCUUUCGCGUUUAACCCGCAACCCCAUCAUGACAGCAUCACUGACAGAACGAAGUUUGUAUCUGGAUUAUCAGAGUUUAACGAUAUGGCGGUGGAAAAUGAUUUCCCUAAUUUCAACAAUCGUAAGCCUUCUGAAUCAAACCUCAAUGGACAAACUGAUUAUAUACUUAACUUGAAUGAUAUAGGGACUGGUCAGAUUGAAAAAAGUCCUUUAGAUAAUGUUCGUCCAAACGUCAUCAACUUGUCAAAUAUUAAAAUAGUGCCAGGCGGGUGUAUAAUCGAAGGCAGGUUCUAUCGUUAUGAAGAACUUCCAAAGUUUAUUCAGGAUUUUUAUGAUAAUAAAACAAAAAACGAACAUCUUAAACUGUCGCUCGGAGAUGUUGAAAAUGUUUUAAACGAUUAUACGGAAAACACAGGUUCUAUUUCUCAAAGUUUCUCAAAUGAUUUCCCAAUGUUAGAGCUGAUUAAAGGGAACGAUUCCAGUCCUUUUUCUAUACAACUCCCAGGAGAUUCUCAAGGAUAUGACAUAUUAGUGGAUCCAAACCUCCAUGAAGGUUCACUAGAGUUAGCUGUUUUACACGCUAAUAAUUUCGCAGCAGGCAAUGAUCGUUUCGGCUCGCCUAGAACAAUGGUAUCAAGACCUGAUAAAAACAAUAGACAAACAAUUAUAAAAGGAAAGGAAAAUAACCGCCAAUCAUUAAGUCCAGUUUUAAAAUGGAGUGAAGGUGUUAAUGAUAAAGCUGGGACAGACUUGGCCCCAAUCCCUAAUUAUCAAGUUGCUUCGGAUAUUAGAGUUGUAAAUUCGUUAUCAGCAGACCGUUUUGGCGCUCGAAACGACGAUCCCAACGACUUCAGUGUAUCUAAACUGAAUGGUAACAGAUUUGGAUCGUACAACAAUGGAAGGAAGGAGGUAAUAAGCUUACCAGGAAUGAGAAUAAAAGACCAGAAGGUUUUAACUAAGUUUUUCAAUCAAAUUCAUAUUAGCAGUAAAAACACUGUACCUCCUGUGCAGAGAAAAACGAGUCACCAGUAUAAGAUGAUAGAAGGUGCUCCGAGCGAUAUUAUUUCGAGGGGCUUCCUUGAUAUUCCCCUAAAUAGUAUGGCAGCUAAACUACCAUUGAGUAAACCGUUGAAGAAAACAGAAAAUACAAACACGAAGACAAGCAGUGUUGCAAGACAAUUGGGUUUAGUGCGCGAACAGGCUAAACCAGAUGCACAAUCAAAUGAUGAAGCUGAGGAACUGGUUUUUAAGAACCCAAGACAAAAUAUCGUUAACCACAAUGCGCAGUCAAACAAUGUUGCAGAUAAACUAGGUUUCCGCAGCUUAGUACUAGAAAAUGCUUUCAAAGAUCCACCAUUAAACGCUGUAACCGGUAAACUCAGUUUAAAUAGCCAAGUAGAAGAUGAGGCAAUUCAAAAUGUACAGUCAAGUGGAGAAGCUAUCAAAAAUAAACUUGCAACUAAACUUGGUUUAAAGAGCAAAGUACAAGAUAAGGGUAGUCAAGAUUCCCAAUCAAACACGAUAAAAGAACAAAUUCAAGACAAAAAACAAUCAGACGAUAAGGCAGAUAAAUUAAAAUCAAAUAAAGUAAUACUUCAAGGCAAAACACAAUUAGACGAUAAGGCAGAUAAACUAAAAUCAAAUAAAGUAACACUUCAAGGCAAACCACAAUUAGACGAUAAGGCAGAUACAUUAAAAUCAAAUAAAGUAAUACAAGAAAACGAUCACCGAGAAACCUCCAGAGUUGAUUUGGUUAGUGGUUCGCGUGUCAAUACAAAACCACGGGACACAUAUCCCCAUGACAUGCGAAAGAAUAGUUCAGAUGACAAACUGAAUAAACAUAAAGGAAAACAUGACACAAGUCACAAUGAUAUGUGGUUGAAUGGAUUAGACGGAAAACCAGUUGAAAGAUUAAAUACUGGAAUUCAAAACAAAAUUCCGAAUGAUAUCAAGUCAAAUGGCGGUGCAACAAAAAAGCGUUUGAAUAGCAGAAAGCAAGACAAAACUAUUCGACAUGAAAAGCAGUUAAAUAGAGUUGUGACUAAGAAUACGAAAAGACCCAAGACUAUUCGACAUGAAAAGCAGUUAAAUAGAGUUGUGACUAAGAAUACGAAAAGACCCAAGAAAACUGUUCUUCGGGAUGGUGCACUUAAGCCAAAUGAUAAAGUCUUCUCGUUAUUUAAAGACAACAAGAAUAAAUCAAAACAACUGAAAAACAACCCAUUUGCAAAUCUCAAAAAUAUUUUAAAGGCUACUUCCAGUGCAAAAAAAUCUGUCGCAUCAAAUGUGCGUAGUGUUCAGAAGGGACCACGCACAUUCUUUGACAUUAUUGAAAAUAAUAUUAUAAGCCCUUUUAAAUCAGUACCAGUGGAUACUCAACUAAAAGACAAUUUUGCUUCUAAUUUCAAUUUAGGAGAAAUAUUGAAGAAUGGCGUGUCUGCCUUUCACCAUGAACCUGUUACAUUCCCAAAUUUCAUAGCACCGCCGAAACGCAACUUAAUAAUGUCACCUACAGCCAUUGUCCCAUUACAUUUAGCAGGACAACACAAUCUGGAAUCUAUUAUGAACAAAAUUGUAACAACUCCUUUCGGGAUGAGACAAAAUACAAUUAUGAACAUUUUUGGCUAAUGUUAUAUUAUCCGAAAAACAAUCACAUUUUUGUGAUUAUAUAAUUAUUAGGUUGCUGCUUUAGGGGUGUAUAAUGGAAGUAACUUUCCCUAAAAUGAGCUUUAUUGCUCUAAGCCCACUCUCCGAAAUAAAGUACGCAUGUAAUAUAUGAAUUAUUUCAAUUACAAGAAGGGUCGGUUCAAGGGGUCAGAUCUUUUUAGAUAAAACAAAAUUUUAGACUUGAAAGUGUGAAAAAAUAGAAUGAGAAGAUGUUGUAUAAUUGCCAAUAAGACGUUAACUCUCCAUAAGAGACCAUGCACAUGACAAAGAAAUUGACCACUACAGCCCUCAACAAUGAGUAAAUCCCCUACGCUUAGGAACUGUAUACUGUCCUUCAAAAUCAUUCUUAUCUAUUUUAGCAAACAAAAUACAUCAUGUGUUUAAUCACAAUUAAAGAUGACACUUUUUCGACUGUUUAUAAAGAAGUAGAUGCUUGUACUGUUUUUGUUACAUUUUUUGCAGACUAUAUCGUGUAAUAUUUUUUUUUUUACAAAUUACUCUUCGCUUUAUACUCGCACAAUUGUAAAAUGUCGAAUUGUAAUUAUAUUUUUAUAAAAUAAUAAAACAAUAUUUUCUUCGUAAUUGAAUAGUCAAAUAAAUAUGUGUUUUCUCAAUGUAUUUAUUCUAUACGUAAUUGAAUAGCCAUAGAAAUAUAUUUUCUAAAUAAGUAGUAACAUGUUUGACUUAGAAGGUCCUUUUCACCUAGUUCUUUUUUUUCCAUAAGUUAGUUUGACAUAUACACAUAAUAUAAAAGUCCAGUUCCUUAACCAAUUUCCUUGUGAAUUACAAUUGUCAGACAAACAAAAAUAUCAAUUAACACCCGGAAAAUGUUCAACACUGUAAAACAAGAUAAUUUUUUUUUUAAAGACUGCUAACAAUUGUUUUUGUCUUUUAGAUAUUAGUAACUGAGGAUUAUGCACUGUUUGUUUAUUAUAACUUAUAUUGUAAAAUGUUAUUUUUCAUAUUUGUCACUUGAUUACAAGACUUGACUUGACAUUCGUUAUAACACAUAUACAUGUGAUAUUCAUAAUAACAAAUGUACAUGUAUUAUUACAAAUAUUG